UCUUAUCUCUCAGUCUUCACUGAAAGCGGCAAACAAACGAAACUCGAACGGGAGCAAUCAUGGAUCCGAAGCCAGCAUCGAUGUGGAGUUCCAUAGUGAAGAAAGAUCCCCCCUCAAAGCCUCCGACAACCGACGUAGCUCCGUCGGCGAUUCUCGGCAUGGUCGGAAACUGCAAAUCCACAAAGGGGAUAUCCAUGGCGGUCGUCGACGCCAACGCCGUCAUCGACGGUAGCCAGAGCUUAACCAACUUCACCGACAAAUUCGUAACCGUCCCCGAAGUACUCUCGGAGAUUCGUGACCCUAACUCUCGUCGUCGUCUCGAGUUCAUACCUUUCACCAUCGAAACCAUGGAGCCUUCUCCUGAAUCCCUCAGUAAAGUUAUUAAAUUUGCUAAAGCUACUGGAGACUUGCAAACACUCUCUGAUGUUGAUCUUAAGUUGAUUGCUUUGACGUACACGCUCGAGGCUGAGGUUCAUGGGACCAAGAAUCUUAGAGAUGUUCCUCCGCCUAUUCAGACUGUUAGGGUUAAGAGAUUACCUGAGAAGGAGUUGCCUGGAUGGGGGUCUAAUGUGGCUAACUUGGAGGAGUGGGAGGCGCUAGAGAACGAGACUGAGGAGAAAUCGAACACUACUUCCAAGAUCCUUCCGCUUAAAGACCUUAACAUGAACAUCCUUCCUCCCUCGGACAGCUGUUCUGAGGUUGGUGAUGUUGCGUCUCAGACGGAGGGUCAAGAAGAGGAUGAGGAGGAAGGCGGGAGGAGGCAGAAGAGGUACCCGCCUAAGAAAACAGAGGUGAAGAUUGAGGGUAAGAUGGUGGUGGAAGGAAUAGAUGCAUCUCAGGGGGGAAAUGAUGAUGAUGAAGAUGGUGGUGGUGAAUGGAGGCCUGCGGUUAGUAGCAGUACUCACAGGAAGUUCCUUAGGAGAAAGGCCAAGUGGGAACAUUACAAUGCCUUGGCUGAGCAAGAAUUUCAGAAAGAUCAAGAAGCUGACAAAGCUGGUGAAAAGAAGUGUGCAAAAGAUAGCGGAAAGGAUGAUGAAGAGCUUUCGUCCAUCUUGAAAGGUAUUAGGUUGGAGGAAGACUCAUUAAAGGCUCUCCAAGAAGAACCUGAAGAGACGAAUGGUGAGGAUGAUGCUGAAGUCGACAUUGCUAGUGAGGGUGGUGAUACCUUUGAGGCAUCGUCGAUGGCAGAUGAUGGUAGCAGCGAGCAGAGUUGGUCGUUGAGAGCCUUAUCUGAGUCCAGUGUAGCUUGUAUAACUGGUGACUACGCGAUGCAAAAUGUUAUUAUUCAAAUGGGUUUGCGUUUGCUUGCACCCGGAGGUAUGCAAAUUCGCCAACUAAACAGGUGGGUGUUGACAUGCCAUGCUUGCUACACAGUAACUCCUGAAAUUGGAAGAAUCUUCUGUCCCAAGUGCGGUAAUGGCGGCACUCUGCGCAAAGUAGCGGUUACAAUAGGCGAGAAUGGCACCAUCAUAGCUGCACGUAAACCACGUGUAACACUUCGAGGGACUAAAUUUUCGAUACCGAUGCCUAAAAGCGGAAGAGACGCAAUCACCAAGAAUCUGGUUCUAAGGGAAGAUCAACUUCCUCAAAAGUACCUCCAUCCCAAGACCAAGAAGAAAGCAAGCAAAGCGGGAGAUGAGUAUUUUAUAUCAGACGAUGUGUUCAUGAACCAUCACAGUGAUAAAAAGGCACCAUUGCAGCCUCCAGUGAGAAAAGCUAUGGCCGUUUUCAGUCAGAAACGGAACCCUAAUGACAACCAUUACUCGCGUUCUAUGCACUGAUCUAUUUGUUUCUACCCGCAUAACAAGCAUCUCUUCUAUGAGAACAAUUGUAUUGUGGUUAUAUUUGCUAUCUUAUGAAUUAUACUUUUGGCUCUGUUUUGUUUUUCAUUUUCUUUGGAAUUCACUUUCAAAUAUUUAGCCAUGGUUGUGGCACAGUUUUGGUCUCAAUCCUA